GUUUUAGAUACAGUGGCGGACGUGACAGCUGUGGUAGUGGAACUCAUAAAGUGUGCCACUGGUGGUGCAGGAUAUACUCACUUUUCGCGAACACCUGAUAUUAUGACUGUUUUGGCAGGGAUCCACUGUUCCAGGCCUGGCCAAGGAUUUGGUGGCAAUGCUUCCUGAGCCAAUAAAUGAUGGUUGGGAAAUGGUUUUGAAUGGCAUACCAGAACCAGUCAAGAAACUAGUUCGUGUUAAUAUUGGAACGUCAAAGGACCUGUAUGUGGUAUUUAGUGCGCGGUUAGAUGCCAAACAUCUGGUUUUCAACAGCCUUGUAUCUGGCGUCUGGGAAAGAAAACACGGCAUUUACGUCAACACUGACAUUUUCCCAUUUACAGUUAAUAGUCCCUUCGAGCUUAGGAUAGCCUACCAAAACAGCACGUUUACGUUUUCUGUCAAUGGAGGAUUCAUUUACAACUACACAAUAACACACCCAGUGGUGAUUGUGGACCGAGUGCUUAUUUGGAAGAAGCUUUUUGUUGAGAUACUGAAAUUUAUCUAUUAAACAGUUCACACUUUCUAUUGCUAAAGACUUAUAUAUGCUGAUAACUGUGAGUAGCAUCUACGAAAAAGAAAGUUCCAAUUUCAGUAACAGUAAAAGAGGAUACAAACAUGUAU